AUGUCGAGACGAGAACACGAAUCUAGGCGACCUAGUCGAGGAAUGCAAUCCGCCAUUGGCAAAGAUGGUGCAGAGAAAUACAAGGGUCUCUUUUCAGCCAACGAUUGGAAGUGCGCAUUAUGCGGCAAUAUCAACUGGGCAAGGCGCAAGACAUGUAACCAAUGUUCAGCUCCACAGCCAGGUUCUGAAUCACAACAAUCACGUCGAGAAGGUGCUGGUGGUGGAUACAUGGAACGUGACGAGGUGGUCGAAUACAGGAGAUCGAGACAAGAUGAUGAUAGCGAUGAAUGGGAUGAAUUUGGUCGACGCAAGAAGAAGAAAACGGACGUCAAAUCAGCACAUGGACACAAUGACAAUGCAUCACCCGACAAGGCAAAAACACGUGACCAAGGUGAUGAGGAGGAAGAUGAUGAUGAUGAUGACGAUGAUGGUCGUUGGAACGCAUGGAAUGAUUUGCUCUCAUCGGAUGGGGAAGACGAUGCAUCAAAGAAGGAUCGUGACGAUAAACGAAGCAAACGUAGAGAUGGCGAUGAUGAUGAUGAUGACCGUAGAUCCAACACCAGAGAUCGACGACGUGAUUCCAGCAUUGAUAGAGAAAGGAGAAGAAAAAGUGAUGAUAGGAGUCGACAUUCCCGAGACUAUGACGACAGACGACGACGACGACGUUCUUCUCGUUCAAGAUCUCGAUCACCCCACCGCUCUCGUUAUGAUCGAUCAUCCUCAUCCCGACACCACCGAGAUCAGUAUGACCGCAGAAAUCGGUAA